AUGAAGAGGCUUGCAAUAGCUUCUCAACGGCGUUAUGGUCACCAUACAUGGUUGGGGGUCGACGGAACUAUGAAGACCGAAAUCCAUAGUGUUUUUGAGGCGUUACUGGCGGCAAUAGGGUUUCGUUCUUACGGAAAGAUUACUGCAGCAACUGGUGUUACUGAAGGCUCUAGAGGGCUCAAUUUUGACACAAUCUUGCUAAUAUGCUCUUCACACGAUAUCCAAGGCCCCCAGGUUUCAGCUGGAGGUCGCAAGUCUAGAUAUUGUCCUGAAACUCACGACGAGAGCUUGCGAGGUGUUGAACUGGCUGCGAGCUUCGAUAACGGAAGGCAAUUCACUUUCGUUCUAACUGCCAAGAGAUUGUUACUAUCACUGGAAGGUUGUGGUAUCGUUUUCGGGGGGAUCUCAAAAAGUCAGCCGUUUUCAAAUCUGUAUCUUUCUUUAUGUUCGACAGAUUUACGUAAUUUUGACGCUAUUGGAAAUUCCUUGAAAAGCUCUACAUUUCAUCUAUACAACACAGGCCAAGUCAGGGUGUUUCCGAAAGGAUUAGGAAAGUCGGGGAGGAUCCAAAUAAUAUUCGCUAUAAUCUAUUAUAUGAAGUGGCUGCUCGGGGUGAGUGCAAGCAUGAGCUUCAUAACCUCAAUGGGAGAUACUUACUUGCAAUGCUCCCAUCACGGGCAUGAUCUUGACGAGCUAGAACAACCAAAACCUGAUGGAAAGCCUAGUGAAGGGAAGGAGCAGCACGGAUUAUAUGGUGAGGCUCACGGAUUCUCUUAUGUUAGCUCUAAGCCAAGUGGAUUGCCUGUUUGGGAAAGAGCCAAUUCGCCUCCUAGACUUGGACAGCACAUUGUACUAGUUCCGUGUCGACCUGAAUUCGUUCGCCCAGCUGUAUAUCAGUUAACAAGGCGCCAUCUGAUUCACAGCCCUCCUUCGGGUGUCUAUGAGGGUGGGGUCAGUAUCUUCUAUUCCUACCUCUUCCGAGAGCUGGUUAAGCAGUUAACCCCUCAGUGCCCUUCAUCCAUCUUGGUCAAUGCUAUGUCAGGCCAGAACGAGACAUGCAUUUUAGCUCCGACGGCUGACUUCAGUCGCUUGAAAGACAACACCUGGAAACGAGUUAAGCUUAGCGACACUCCCGCUACUGGCCUGGAUAAUAUGGGAAUUAUUACCAACCUGGGGGUGAUUUCUUACUUCUUUCUCCUCAUCUAUUUACCGUAUUUUGGGUCUCCCAAUCUUGGGAAGAGACGAAAUCAUGUGAAACAACGAUUUCUUUGUAGAUACUGGGGAAAUCCUAAGGGAGGAUGUUAUCACUGGAGUAGAAGCCUGCCCUUCCACGAUACCUUUUGCUUUUGGAAUCAACACGACAGGGAGGAAAUAGCGGGUGUUGCUAUCCAAAGGAGAGACGAUCUAGUCGUAUUUCCCACAGAUCAUUAUGUUAUCCACUACUUCUGGGGCGAGGACUUUAAUAUCCGCUAUGUUCUAGCACAACGGGCUACAAGAUAUGAAAGGCUUUCUUGUUACUGGGUGGUUUGUAGCCGCAUGCGAGACCCUAUGCUCAUGGAUUACGAUGCUUACACGCUGGAUAUUACCUUCAGGGAUUCAGGGGUAAUGGUCGUUGUUCUUAGGACAGAAAAGGCAACAUCAUACCGACUGGUAGUGGUUCUGUUCAGGGACUGGGAGACUCAAAUGAACAAGCGUUCAAUUGCUUUUCGUAUUCUAGAUCAUUACGAAGGACGCUUGCCGCUUGGACAACUAGAACUCUUCGUACUUUCACCAAUCCCAUUGACACAAUUUCUACACGCUCUGUCCCCCCUGCCUCAAAAGGACACAAAAAAUGUAAUUCGAAACACUCAUCGUCCAUUAGGCUUCAGUGGACGACAGGUGGGGUGUUUUUCUUUGAGAUAUGCCCCAACCACCAAUGACCACAGAGUGGAAGUGUUCGUGAAGGUAGAAUACUUCCCGCCAAUCAUCCUUCCUAAUGGUAGUUUAGUUUCUCGUCCGUUCUCGUCCCGUUAUCUAUUCGGUGCCGAAAUACCCAGCCUAAUUGUAGUUUACUGCACGGCGUUGCUCCUUCUCAGCAGUCCACUGGCUAUCCACCACCUAUAUCCUCUAGGACCCCUCAAAACGUGCGCGACACAACCCCAUUUCUUUAGCUACAUGCUCGACUCACCACGCCUCCGUUGCCCACAACUUGCAGCAUCCUCCCACCGCACGGGCCCAAUUCCCAUAGGUAGGAAUGCGAAGCCCUCGAACCGACCACAUCAGCGGACCUCUCUCCCGGAGGAAAAAUGGCAGCAGGAGCAAAUUCGAAUAUAUUUGAGACUCUAUCGUCACUUGCAUCACCUCCAUCGAGCCGACCUACCUCGCCGCCGCCAUCAAACACGUAUACACACUGAACCGCUUCACCGUCACUGUCUUACCUAUGCCAAACUGAUUCACCAUCAUUGUCUAACGCCCCAAAUCACAAUGCCUAUCUCCCUCGCUAAGCAAAUUGGCGUCGGCGAGCCUAAGAUCUUCAUACUCAUAGAUACGGGUAGUAUGACGACAGCUCUAUAUAUGGCGAGGCGUCCGCAGGCAGCGGUGCUUUGCAAUGGACAGGAGGCGGCCAUGAUUGGAGAAAGUAAUACUUUACCGGAGACGGCUUUGAGACUUGACAAAACUUUACUUUAUUGUAUGAAAUUUUCAAUACCAGAAUUAAAACAUUUUCGAACAAUUAGCCACAGUAUAUUAUUAUAUAUUAUGAGACAUGGCCAGGGUAGUAUCCCAUUUGCUAAACUUCUUAAGACCAUGUCAUGUUCCACGUUAGAUGAUAAGAAGCAAUAUGUGAAGGGAAUUUUCGACAACAGACCUAAUUGGAUCCCUAUUUUUACAUUUUACAGAUUGGCGGGUUUGCUGGGCUACGGCCUCAUCCUCUGA